AUGUUGGUGGUGGCAGAGGUGUCGGUGGAGGUAAGGCUGGUGAUGAAGACGGUGGUGACUGGUGAUGAAAGCUUCCCCCCAGACUCCCCGUUCUUCGAGGUGCCGGUCCAGAACGUGACGGCGCAUGUGGGACGUACGGCGAAGCUCACCUGCGUUGUGGAGAACCUCGGGGACUUCAAGGUGGCGUGGGGUUUCCAGGGCACGGGCGCGGUUCUGACGGUGUCCACUGACGUCAUCACCAACAACCGGCGGGUGAGCAUCCAGCGGGAGCAGCGGAGCACGUGGGUCCUGACGAUCUCGGACGUGUCGCUGCAGGACGAGGGGGCGUACUGGUGCCAAGUGAACACCUCCCCGCCCAGGUCCGUCACGGGAUACCUGACCGUCGUAGAGCCGCCAGUGUUGGAUGGGGGCGACGAGGAAGUGACGGUGAAAAGCGGCGAGACGGCCAACCUGACCUGUCGAGCGCACGGCACCCCCAUGCCAACCAUCAGGUGGAUCAGGGAGGACUACGACAGCAUCAGGAUCACGGAGGGGCAGUUUGUGCAAGACUUCGUGGGUAGCACUUUAUCCCUCAAGGACGUGAGCCCGAGGAGCGCCGGCGGGUACCUCUGCAUCGCCAGCAACGGCCACCCACCCUCCAUCAGCAAGCGAGUGAUCGUCAGCGUCAACUACAAGCCCUACGUGAAGGGGCCCAAGCAGACCAUGUGGGCGCUGCUGGGCUCCUCCGUCAGUCUCACGUGCCUCUACGCCGCGCACCCCGAGCCGCGAGUCGUGUGGAUGAGAGAGAAUUCCCUUGGCUCCCAGCUGCUCAGUGACGACUACUUCACGGUGACGCCCCAAGACGGUCAUCCCCCCUACACCCACAACAUGACAAUCAACAUGAGGAACUUGAUACAAUCCGACUUCGGUAUCUACACGUGCGUGGUUAAGAAUACCAUGGGUCAGGAACAAGCCUCCACAAUACUCCGCGAGCUCGUCAGAACCACCACCACCACCACCACCACGACCACCACCACCACCUCCACCACCACCACCAUGCAACCACCGCCGAGGCAGCAGUACGGGGAUUAUGAUGACAACGCGAAGAACCUGACGGCGCCCCUGGUGGUCAAUACUUCACCUGGGAUGUCUAAAGACGCGGGUGUGCAGUCAGCGCCCUCUAGAGAUCAGCACUAUGGCAACAGGAGGUCCAAAAACAUAGCUAGGAUUAACAUUUUAGACACCAAGCCAACCAGCGCCGCGUCCUUGCCACUCCGAGACGUGACCGCGGCCCUGCUUCCCUUGCUGGCCCGGGCACUCUGGACGCCCCACCUGUUCCUCUAGUAGGAGCCACGACGGGCCGCCAGUGACAGGGGGAGGAGAGCCACCAGAAGGGUAAAGAAGGGAUGACAGCAAUAUACUCGUAGAAGAACGCCACUAGUACUGAGGUUAGCCAUAAGUAGUUGAAAAGAUUAAGACACCAUAAACUGAGAUGACAGGAAGAGCCGGGAGCUGAGAGGACUUGAGGAGCGCCACAAAGAGCACACAGAAGAGAACCAGCAGAAAAAAAAGGAAGCGAGAGAAGAAAAAGAGGAAGAAAACGAGGAAAGAUGAGGAAAAAAGAAAACAAACUAGGAAGGAGGAAGAAAAAGAGGAAGCAAAUGAGGAAAGAGGAAGAAAUAAAAAAAAGCAAUGGAGGAAAGAGGAAGAAAAAAAAAAUCAAAAGAGGAAAAAGGAAUCAGAAGAAGAGGAAGCAAACGAAUAAAGAAGAUAAAAAAGAAUAAGCAAAAGAAGAAAGAGGAAUAUAAAGACAAGGGGAGUAAAGCAUAGUAAACAGCAAGAGGAAAUAAGCCACAAUAAAAGAAUAACAGAAUGAAAACCACUAAAAGGAGGAGGAGGUUAGCAUGAGGUAAGAAAAUAAAACGAAAGGAGACACCGAGGAGGACAGAAAAGACAAGACGUAAACCAGGCGAAAGAAACUCGGAAUGAAGACAAAUUGACCACUAACGGAAGACACAAGAGAGAGAGAGAGAGAGAGAGAGAGAGAGAGAGAGAGCAGGAAAAGGACGCAAUUAAAACUAAGGAAAAUAAAACGAGAAGUAGCUAUCAAGGAGGAAAAGAGGACGCGUCAUAAUCUAAAAUAAUGAAUAAAAAAUGAAUUAAUGACAAACAAUAAAAAAACAAAAGGCAAGGAGAGGUAAGCAGAAGUAGAGACAAUGGAAAAGAAAACGGUACUGGAAAGAAUAAAACGUGCUACAGACGGAUAAAGCAACCAUGAACGAAAACUAAUUAACCAGAAGCUGAUUGAGGUAAAAAGAGCAAAAAGAGAGAAACCCAAAGAAACCUGUACAAAGUAAUAACGACCCAUGAAAUAAAAAUCCAUUAAAAGGAAGAAAGAAAAAAGUUUAAUAGUUUCAGUUACUACCUGGAAAGUGAUAUGAAAAGGUCACCAGGAGGAGUAAAAUAAAAAGACAAAAAGAUGCAAGAAAUAAGACUCAGGUGGGCGGAGAGGGUAAUAAUGAGCCAUGAAAUAAAAAUCCAGUGGAAAAAGAUUUAGCAAAAGAGCAGUUACUUUCAUUUUCUUCAGAUAUAUGUUAUGAAAAAGGUACACCAAGAGGAGAAAAAAGGAAAGUGAGAGAUACCUGCAGCAAGAGACUCGGGUUGGCAUAGAGAGGUAACAAAGACUAAUACCGCGGAAAGAUGAUUAAAGCAGCAGAAAAAAAGAGAAGGUGUGAUGUAGAAACCUGUAGCGAGAGACGCGGGUUGGCAGAGAGAGAUGACCGCGACCAAUACGAAAGAAAGAAAAAUAAAUGGUAUGAAAGUAAACAUUGCAGAGAAAGAAAGAAAGAAAAAUAAAUGGUAUGAAAGUAAACAUUGCAGAGAAAGAAAGAAAGAAAAAUAAAUGGUAUGAAAGUAAACAUUGCAGAGAAAGAAAG